AUGUCUCUUCAACGACUCUUUAGAUAUCCAUAUUUUAUUUAUAAUGCUCAUAUUCAACUAAAGUACGCAUUUAUCAAUGCAGUAAGGUCAACUUUACCACCAAUGUGUCCCCAAUGUCCUCAUAGGUUUUUUCAUUCCACAAACCAUAAUUCCCUUGGUAUGGACAAUAACAUGAAGAUAGAUCCUGACGACCCUAUUAUAAAAAAGAUUCGUACAGAUCCCAGUAUUUUGAUAUCUAUUACCGAAUUUGCCACACUUUUAAAAAAUAAAGGUGUAGAUUUAAGUAACGGACAAAUGCCUUCAUUUAUGCAAAUGGCCAAGCUUGCAGGGGAUAAAGAAGUAUCAGAAAAAUUAGAUAUUCUUAAUAAACAAUUUCACCAAGCUGGAAUUGCGUUUGAUGCGGAAACAGCACAAAAAUUUAUGUCAAUUCAAAAUAAACAUGGUAUUGAAAAUCAAAAAACAAAUGUUCCAUAUAUUAUAGAUUCAUCAUCAAAAAUGACUUCUGGGGAUAAAUUAAAGAUCAAAGAUGGUGAUAAUUCAGAAUUGAAUUCCUCAGAAAUUACUAACGAGAGACCAACAAUUGGAUUAAUGAAUCAAUUCAAAGCAUGGUUUAGAAGAGGAAAAUAA